CCUUACAAAAAGAAAAAGCUCUAAUUGGAGCCUUCUCAUUGAUUCCAUGGGCUUCGACCUAGGCAAUGUCCCGUACAAUCCCGAUGGCUGGGGUCCGCCGGACACCCCAGCAUUGCCCUGCCUUCCCCGCCGGGACGGCGCUUCCACCUCCCACAAUGUCCCAUUCGCACCAUUUUCUCGCUCCGAUAAGCUUGGCCGCAUCGCCGAUUGGACUCGCAACACCAACUUCUUAAAUCCCUCCGUCCGCUCCGGCAAUAGCCGCGACGCCGUCUUCGAUUUUGCCCUGGAUGACUCCGCCGCUCUGGCCGCUGCCGCCGACAAUGACUCCUCCUUCCGUCUGGUUGAUGGUAAGCCCCCUCCUCGCCCCAAGUUUGGCCCACGCUGGCGCUUUCAACAGCGUCCUCAGCUCCCACAGCGGCGCGACGAGGAAGUCGAGGCUCGUAAGCGUGAGGCCGAGAAGGAGCGUGCUCGCCGUGACCGGUUGUACAAUCUCAACCGAUCCUCCGCCACCGGUGCAGGAGGUCAGGGCGGAAACCGCCGUGAUGCCCCCACUCUCAAGUCCUCCGUCGACAUCCAGCCUGAGUGGACUAUGCUCGAUCAGAUCCCUUUCUCCACCUUUGCCAAGCUCACUUUUUCGGUCUCGGAUCCCCCGGAGGAUCUCCUCGUCUGCGGCGGCCUCGAAUUCUAUGACAAAUCUGUCGAUCGUAUCAACCCUAAGAACGAGCGCCGCCUCGAACGCUUCAAGUCUCGCAACUUCUUCAAGGUUACAACUACUGACGAUCCAGUUAUCCGUCGCCUUGCCAACGAGGAUAAAGCCGCCGUGUUUGCUACCGAUGCUAUUCUCUCGGCGCUUAUGUGCGCUCCCCGUUCUGUGUAUUCUUGGGAUAUUAUUAUCCAGCGCGUGGGCAACAAGCUUUUCUUUGACAAGCGCGAUGGAUCUCAGCUUGAUCUACUAUCUGUGAAUGAGACUUCAUCGGAGACGCUUCCUGAGGCAAAGGAGGAUAUCAAUUCUGCUCAUUCCCUUGCGGUUGAAGCUACUUACAUAAACCAGAACUUCUCCCAACAGGUGCUUUUCCGUGAUGGCAACAAACUCACAUUUGAUGAGCCCAACCCCUUUGCAUCAGAGGGUGAGGAGGUGGCCUCUGUUGCUUAUAGAUACCGGCGCUGGAAGCUAGAUGAGGACACCCAUCUCAUUGCUCGCUGUGAGGUCCAUAGUGUCACGGACGUGAGAGGUCAGCGUGCAUUCCUCACUCUGAAUGCAUUAAAUGAGUUUGAUCCCAAGUAUUCUGGUGUGGAUUGGAGGCAGAAACUGGAGACCCAGAGAGGAGCUGUGCUUGCCACUGAGCUCAAGAACAAUGCAAACAAGCUUGCAAAAUGGACUGCCCAGGCUCUUCUUGCAGGUGCUGAUAUGAUGAAACUGGGCUAUGUAUCAAGAGUUCACCCUAGGGAUCAUUUUAAUCAUGUCAUCCUUAGUGUGAUUGGCUAUAAGCCAAGGGAUUUUGCAGCUCAGAUCAAUCUGAAUACUUCUAAUAUGUGGGGGAUUGUCAAGUCCAUUGUGGACCGUUGCAUGAAGCUGAAUGAAGGGAAGUAUGUUCUUGUGAAGGAUCCAGUGAAGCCACAGCUUAGGAUCUAUGAAGUACCGGCAGAUGCCUUUGAGAAUGAUUACAUGGAAGAGCCUCUUCCUGAGGAAGAGCAGGUGAGGCCGCCUGUGGAGGAUGAAGUUCCUGAUGGCAUAGCUGAAGCUGGUGCUGAAGGAGAGGUCACUGUUGUUGGAGAUUCUGCUGGUGAAGGGGAAGCAGACAAUGAUAUAUCUGCUUCUGUUGCUUGAAGGUACUUUAAAUGGACAGACGACGUGGAAGAGACAACUUCUUGUGUACCUAAUGAAGAUGAAGGCUUUGAAGCUAGGAUGUCUAAGAAGCAAGACUUGAUCAUCUUGUUGAUGAAAGUCUUUAUUGGUCUUUUUCUUGUUGACAUUGCUUUCCGUAUUUAUUUAGUAUAUUGUUGCGUGUCGAAGUAGUCCAAAUGAUGUAGAAGUUUAUUGUAUGGUUGCUGUGUAGUUGAGCAUGAAUGUUUUGAUGAAGUGUAUUGCA